GGACGCCCGGCGUCGCCGACGGCGUCUGUCUGUUGCGUGCCGAGCGCUCUGCUGCGUGCUGAUCCGAAAAACCUCCUGUCCCAGUCACCGUCGAUCGCGUGAGAUAUAGGAGGAUCUUGAGAUCACAACCUCGCCGUGAAUACAGGAGAGAUCGAUUUUCGACAGAAAGAGGAGACCUUGAGGAGCCGAGGACCUCGGGAGGAUCUUGCGCCGUGCAGAGAAGUCGUGGACGCUCGGGGAAAGCUCCACAUAGCUCCCACGGGUCGAGAAUCGUCGAUAUCCGACAGUGAUACCUCAUUGUCCAAGUGAGAAUCGGUGAUAGCCCUUGACGAGAGGUCGCGAUCGCGGCGCGAUGCGGCGUCGCGCCGCUGCCCGUUGGUGCGUCGCGAGCUUACCCGUAGGAUGGACGACGAGUGCGGCCGACGGGACGACGAGAGGAAGAGGAAGACGAGUGAUCGUCGUUGUCAGUGCGUUGGACGCGCCGCGCGACGCCGGCGUCGGCGUCGUCGGCUGCCGUCGAUUGCUUACCGCGACCACCGGCUGCGUCCGAGUCGGACUCGCGCGGUGAUUCGCGUGUGAAGUAGACCCUCCGUCAACGUUCGCGAGCCGCUCGCCCAAUUGGAUGGAAGAGGACGACGGUGACGACGACGACGUCGGCGACGACCGGGACGACGACGACGAGGGAGACGACGAUCACGGCGUGACGAGAGAUGCCUGGUAUCGUGGUGUUUGGACGACGCUGGAGCGUCGGCAGCGACGACCUCGUCGUGCCCGGCGCCUUUUUAUUCAUCCUGCAUCUUAUAUGGCUGACGGUGCUGGGCGUUCUACUGGGGAUUCUCGAGUGGGAUCGUAGCAUCCCCUGCAUUCUACUCCUAUGGGACUACGUGAUCGGCUACGAGGCCCUCUUCAUGGGCUGUUUAGUGGUGGAAUUCUCCAUCUGCUUCCUGGCGACGAGGGGCAGCAUUCUGGACACUGUGGCCAGGGCGCCGAUGCAGUACAUCCUUUAUAUCCGGCUAUUCUUGGUUCUAGUAGAGUGUGGAUGGUUGGGCGCGGGUCUCACGUGGUUAGCGCAUUAUUAUCAUAUCUGUCCAGUGGACCAAGCUAAGGAUGUUAUGUUAGGUUUGGUGGCAUCGAAUUGCUGCCUACUGACUCUGAUGAUGGUGACCAUUUGGUGCACGUACGACGCUGCCGGCAGGUCUUGGGUAAAAAUGAAGAAGUAUCAGCGCAGCAUGAGGGAGGCGGAGUUGCGAGGGGCCAGAUUGCACUACAAGCGCAGUGGCAGCAGAAAUCGAAAUUGGCGACAACGAAAAGUCAUACGUGCCUAUCAGGACAGUUGGGACAACAGAUGCAGGCUGUUGUUUUGUUGCAUGGGUAACUCCGAUCGCAAUCGAAACUCGUUCGCUGACAUCGCCCGGCUGCUGAGCGACUUCUUCCGCGACCUGGACGUGGUGCCGUCGGACGUGGUGGCCGGCUUGGUGCUGCUGCGCAAGUUCCAGAAGGUCGAGCGCGAGCUGAUAGUGAAGCAGCGCAAGAACGACACGUACGAGUUCCUGUCGGGGGUGCCGGUCACUCCGCGCACCAAGUUCCUGUCGAUGACCGAGGACGGUGACCUGGGCCACUUUCAGCUGGCCAUUCACUACAUGCACUUUGCCCUCGCAGCUUACGGCUGGCCCAUGUUCGUCGUUAAUCCCUCCACGGAGCUCUGCCAGUUGUGCACCAGACUGCGAUGCUGCUGCUUCCCCUGCGGCGCUCACGAGGACGAGGCGACGAUCAUCGAGGACAACUGCUGCCGGUGCAACUACGCCGCGCUGAGCGGAAUGCUCGACCUGGGCGAGAUCGAGGUUGUAUACGCGACCUUCCACGUCGAUGUCGGCGAGACACCGUUCUUCGUGGCGCUGGAUUACACAAAGAAGAAGGUGGUAGUUAGUAUACGCGGGACUUUGAGCAUGAAGGACGUGUUGACGGAUCUAAACGCCGAGGGCGAGGUACUGCCUUUAUCGCCGCCGAGGGAAGACUGGCUGGGGCACAAGGGGAUGGUGCAGGCUGCCGAAUACAUACGCAAGAAGCUGCUGGAAGAGGGUAUCAUCGCACGUGCCCUCGCCAAGGAUACCUCCAGGGGCACGCACCAAUUUGGAUUAACGCUGGUGGGACAUUCAUUAGGCGCCGGCACGGCGGCGAUACUCGCGAUCCUACUGAAGCAGGAAUAUCCGGAUCUGGUCUGCUUCUCGUUCGGGCCACCCGGUGGACUUCUGAGCAUGCCAGCCCAGCAAUACAGUCAGGAAUUUAUCACCUCGGUGGUGGUGGGGAAGGACGUCGUGCCCAGAAUUGGACUCCGACAAUUAGAGAGUUUGAGGGCAGACCUCAUCAACGCUAUAAAGAGAAGUGUCGAUCCUAAGUGGAAGACGAUAGCGUGCUCGGUGAUGUGCUGCGGCUGCGGCUCGACGCCCACGUCCGCGGCGAACCUGGAGGCGGGUGGCUGCAUCAGCGAGUAUCAGCGGGACAAGGAUCAGGCGCGCGCCCAGACCGUCGUGCCCAGCGACUCCAGCAUCGCUUUGACCUUGCACAGGCCGCUCUACCCGCCCGGCCGGAUCAUACAUGUGGUGCGGCACCAUCCGAACAAGGACGAGCAGAAGUAUGAGACGAGUUGGAGACAAAUGUUGAGCAAGCGCGAGCCGGUGUACCAGGCGCUGUGGGCCGGGCCAUGCGACUUCGACGAGGUGUUGAUCAGUCCGGUGAUGAUACAGGACCACAUGCCGGAUCACAUGCUGCGGGCGCUGAACAAGGUUGUGACGACCCUGGGACCGGCGAAGCCGCAGAGGCUGGCGUCCGGCCACGCGUCGUCCACGGAGGCGUCGGAGGCGCGCGAGCACCAGGUCGAGGUGCAGUUGGAGCUGGAGGCGCAGGAGCAGGAGAUGCGGGCUCUGCUGUCGCCGUCCAGCCCGGUGAGAUGUCGGACACUCGGCGGCGGCAACCUGGCCAGCACGCCGCCGCACCGGCUCUGCCUGGAGACGAGCUUCACGUCGCUGCAGAGCCCGACGGAUCUUCCCCAGGCCGGCCGCGAGCUCAGCGUGGACUCCAGAGGCAUCCCGUGGGAGUACAUGAGCCUCGCCAGCGAGCUGCUCAACACGCCGCGGCCGGACGAAAGCAAACCGUUCGGUCGCCGGCACGAUUGGGACGACCGCACGGCGCCCUUGGCCACCCCGGAGACGCUCUCGGAGGCCUCCAGCAGUCCGCCGUCGCCGGUGGUGCCGGCGCCGCGGCCGAUGCGACGUACCCCCAAGAUUCCGGGAAACUUGUCAACGGCGGCGGACGACCUGAAGAACAAUCUGCACUACGCGAUGCUCUCGGCGAGGAACUACUUCCUGAGGACGGGGGAGCGCGCGGGCAGUAACAACGGCGGUGGUAGCGGCAACAGCAGCAGCGGAAACAGCGAGGCGAGCUACGAGAGCGCCAAGAGCCUGGCCGCCGCCGGUCUUCCGCCGCCUGUACCGAGACGACGAGACUCUGUCACCGUCAGAAGGGAGCAACGGAUGUGCACAGCAGCGUGCUGCAGGGACGACCUGUCGGAGAACUCGUCGACCCGCACGUCGUCGCACUCCUCGAGGAACUCUCACACAUCGCAUCGUGUGCAGGUGGAACUGUACGAGGAGGAGAACGACACCAACGGCUCCAGUUUGGACUUCUACGAGGCGAAGGGUUCCUCCGGCCAGCGCGACAGCAGCAACGAUGUCUUCCUCAGCGUGCGCAGCUCGCCGGAAUGCAAAGGCCUUAUGGCGCCGGCGACAGAUCUGGGCGCCGAGUGGAAGAAGCGCUUCGACGCCACGGGCGUGAGCGGCGGCGACGCCUCGUUACCGCUUCUUCGAGGUCUGUCGCCCACGCCGACCACCGGCCAGCACAACUCGCCGUUCUUCAGCGCCAAACGGAAGAAAUACGUGUACCCUAUCACGUUGGUAGGACGAGGUGAAAGCAGCGUUUAGUCCGAGAAAGAUUGAAUCGAAUGGAGAAGUCGGUUGGAGACACUCUAUGCGCGACGAUCUCUUCAGCCUCAGUUGGGAGGGACGUUGCGAGAGGACUUUAGUUUAGCGAACUGGAAUAAGCCCAAUCGAGGACCACGAGGCACAUUUAGCAUUAGUGACGUGCGAAUACGUGUGCCAAAAAUUCUGUUCUUCUUCUAAUUCUUUUUCUUCUCCUCCUCUCAGUCUCAGGGUUUCUAUUCGACUUGUUUAAGCGACACUAAUGUCCAAAAGACUCUUGAACAAAUUGAAAUGUCUGCGAGACGUCUUUAACAAUUUUUUAUACGUUUGAAUUGUUUGUUCUUGAGUUAUUCGACUCAUAGAUUCUCAGGUCUUUUCUCAAUCAUCUUCCAGUCUCAGCACGUGAUUACUCGAUUAUCAAAACUGAAUAUAAUGCAAUAAAAAGCCAUUUGUGACUCCCUCGGGACGUUCGGUCUUUUGUCGCGGUCUUACUAUCGUGACGAUAAGCAACGGGGAGGAAGGAGUGUGUGUUCCCCCAGCUAGAAAUCUUUUAGCACGAUUAAUCCUAAAACCCUAAACGCAGAUAAGAUUUAUCCAGACCAAUUUUUCAAAUAUCACCGUUCUUGAAAAUAUGCUUUGUUUAUUCAUUAUAAUUUUGUUCAACCAAAAGAUGCUUAUUCCUCAAUAUUUUCCACACCGAUUGAAAGGAAAAAAGACUGGAUUUUGAUCAUUUUCCCGACAGUUAUGAACAAAUGAAAUUGCGCUAGAUAAAAUUUAUUUAGAGCUAACUUUUUUAAGUUUAAAGUUCUAGGAUUAAUGCGUGCACCGUACAUGGCAGCAGCGGCCUAUUCUGCAUCGAUAUUGUUUGAGAUAUGGUAGAGAGACCAUUUGAUUUUUUUAUACAUUUCUAAACGCGGCUUUGAAGACGAAUCUCGCGCGCAGUCUCUACGUUCCCGAUCUUUUGAUAUAAUUUGAUACUGUUCUUAGUUCGUUAGAACACGCUCUAACAUAUGAGCCGAUUACGUCGCGAUAAAUUAAGCGUCGAUACUUUUCUAUCGAUCCACGCGAGUUACUCUAAGUAUAAGAGGCGGGAUAGGACAUGAUAUGCACGAAUGACGAACCUCUCGCGAGGUAUCAUCGCGACUGUAGUCGGAUCCGGUGCGAUCGUCGAACAUACGACUCCUUAGAAAUUGCUCAUUCAAGGAAUCGGAACUUCGACGUCGCUGUAUUUAUGUAAAAAGUAGACUGGACGCGUCGUAGACGGCGUUUCACUCUAGUCAGUAUAUCUAGUCGGUACGCUUAGAAAAAUGUAAUAUUUAUUGAUUCCUUGUAAUAUUUAUAGAGUCCCUUAGAAGAGGCUUACAGGACAUAGAGAGUUGAUAUUCUAAUGUAAUAUAAAUUAUUUAUAAGAAAUAAACGAUGAAUAUAGAAGGUCA